AUGGAUAUCUCAGCUUUAAAUGCACCUGCAACGCCACCUUAUGAUUAUCAAAAUCAUACAAGUCUGCAUCAUGAAAACAAUAAUAAUAAUAAUAAUAAUAAUAAUACAAGCGAUAAAAAUCAGAGUUUAUUUUUUGAUUCCUCUGAUCCUAUGACGAGUACAACUCUAUCAGAUAAUGAAACUAUGGCUAGUCAUAGUAGUCGUCGUAUUUCACCCAUGUCUAUGCUAUCUCCACCUGAACUUUUACUUGAUUCUUCUGAAGAAGAUGAAGAAGAAGAAGAAGAAGAAAAUGAUACAAAUUCAUCUUCGUUUUCUUCUUUUAUACCCAACACCAUUCAUCAUAAUAAUAAAAGAAAAUCUGUACCUCAUCGUUCUCCUUCAAAUUUAACCGAUCAUAAAAAUAUUAUUUUUCAACUUGAUAAACAUUCAACUCCUAAAAUUAUUGGUGCUGAUCAUGGUCUUCUUUGGUCUCUUCGUCAACGAGUUUCUAUGGCAAGGCAACCUACUACUACAGCAACUGCUACUGCUGCUGCUGCUGCUGCUGCUGCUGCUGCUGCUGUUGCUACUACUACUACUACUACUACUACUACUACUACUACAAAAAUUCAUAAAAAUAGAAUCUCCGUGACUCGUCCAGAACGACGCGUGAGAGCGAUGCGAAUUCAGAUACCCCGACCUCACUGGUCCAUUACGAAAGAAAUGUACGAUGAUCAUCCUCUUGUCCCACCUACUAUCUGGUCAAAUAAGAGUACUACGAAACCUAUCAUGUUUGUUCCAACUAUUCCUACUGAUCACAUAACUACUACUACUAAAAAUUCUUUUACUCUUAAAAAUCAUCUUCCAUUCUCUAAACUGAUUCAUACUCAUCCUGAACCAUCUCAACAACGUAAAAAAUCUUCUUCUACCUCAGUAGUAACAUCGAUUCCACCUCGUAGAAAAACCUCUCAUGCUUCUUCAGGUCGUCCCUCUCGUGUCAAGGGCCCUUGCCAAGCUUGUCAUGAAACCUCUGAUGGUUGUAUGCGUAAAGCAUUUAACUGGCCUUUUUCUACUAGUACCAUUUUUAACGAUAAAGGAAAACCAUUUGUUUAUCUUUGUAACAAAUGUGGUCUCAGAUAUAAUAAAAGUGGUGGAUGUGUUUGUCGCCAUUGUCGUUGGGUUCUUUGUAAAGAAGAAAAACGAAAAGCAAUGCAAUUUAUAGAUCAUAUGCGUCGUUCUCGACCUGAGGGUCGAAUUGAUCCUGACGAAGAUAUUGAAAAUUUUGUAUGUUCACCUAAAUAUUGGAGUUGUGGCCAUCCUUGGAAAGUGGGAUGGAUUUUGCAUAGUCAACAUGAUGAAGAUGAUGAAGAUGUCGAUACCUUAGGUGAUCAUAAUUCACCUUCUUUAAGUGAAGCCACUCUUUAA